AUGGACAGUAGAAAUUCGUCUUCUACGAACCUUCAGGAUGAAUGGGAGCUUGUAGACGAUAAUGUGCGGGCUAACGCACCGGUGGCAUCGCCUCAUAAAGGGAAACCAGAGGAAGAAGAUGGAGUCGCAUACAAGGCACCCGAGGGCUUCUUGUCCGUUCGACUACGCCAAGGCGAAGAGAUUCGAACUUCGUGGUUUAAGGCCACGCAGCAAGUUGACGAAUUUAUCAAUAUGUUCUUUGCAGCAGAGCUCGCCAACAAAAAAAAAGUUAGGCUUAUUUACAUGGGCAUGCUGCUUCUUUCUAGUCGCACCAUGGGCGAGUACGGCAUUGAAGAAAAUGGGGUGAUCCACAGCGUUAUUACCGAUGCGCCUUCAACACCCAAUCCAGAGGCAGUGAUCCAGGCAAACCUCAAGCCCAUAAACCCCCAAAACUCUUUGCUACUUCUCACGGGAAUGUUCUUAUACGCGCGAUGCACAUUACCGCCGUAG